AUGGCUACUGUUCAGGAACGUUUACAGCUGAAUCGAACACCAUUGGACAAAUGGUCGACAAGAGAACAGCUGGCGUUGGCCUCUGCGGUUCUAUCAAGUGGUGAUCAAAAUUGGAUGUCGGUGAGUCGUGCAUUGAAGGUUCUGUGCGGAAAUUCAAAAGAUACUUUGCAUCCUCGUCCUGGUGAUUGGUUUUCGCAAAAGAAUUGUGCUGUACAAUAUGGCCACCUCUUGGAAGAUGUGGAAACUCCAAAGCGUAAGAAACGAACAUCGGAAAGUAGUCUAUCAUCGUCACCGCCGGUGGAGGCUCCCACUGAGGCUAUAGUUCGUCGUCUCACCGAAGAGCGAAUGCAGGAAAUAAAGUUGGAAAUACGGAAACAACAAGAGGAAUAUGCAAGCAUUGUGGCAGAAAUAAAGGCCCUACAAUCCGGACGUUUGGAAGAUGUGGAAAUAUUACAAAUGUGGUCGGAUAUUGAAAAGGAACAGGAAAUGUUGAGAAUUGAUGAAAUGAAAAUGGAAAAUCAAUUACGGGAGCGGGAAAUGCGUAAACAAGAAAUGCAAAGAAAUUGGCGUACAAGUAGUGGUGGUGCUGUUCCCAGUAACUCGUCAUCCUCGAGUUCAUUGAAAUCUUCUACAGAUACAACAGCUGUCGAUAUGGAUGUAGAGGAAAUUAUUGGAUCAACCAAAACGGUGACAUCAAACACAGGUCAUUCCAUGCAAAUGCAGGCGGGCACAUCUCCACUGCUGACGUCCCUCUUGAAGUCUCCAACUGCUUCAAAUUCUCCAAGUAGCAUUGGUGCCGCUUCCGUAUCAGCACGGACCAGUGCACCAACAAUUACAACACUCCUCACCAGUGGAUCUAUACCAAAUCCGAAUCAACCGGCUUUGAUACCUGCUGGAGAUUCGGCAAUACAAUUAUUAACCAGACCCAUUAGUGGACCACCUUUGGAUUCCAGCAUAACUUCCGGUUCAAAUCAGCUUAGCUUGUUGAGCCCUUCACAAUCUGCACCCACUCUGUCAAUGCUAUUGGAGAAAAAUAAGUCAGCACCCUCUGCACUGUCGACAGAAAUAAAAACAUUUGAUUCAAAUGUGAACACAAAAACCGAAACAGAUACGGUGUCGGCAAAUGAUUCUAAUAACGAAUCAAUACCUAUGGAUAUUGAAGAAGACAUGCCAGCUACAACAAAUGUGACACAGGAUGCAGAUGAUAUCGAUGAUACAGAUCCAAAUGAAGAACAGCAAUUGAUGGAGGUCUUUAAGAAUAUAGGCAACAUAGAUGAGUUGGAUAUUGAUGUAUCGGAUGUCAUCGAUGAAGAAGUUGAUUUUCUAAAGGGUGUAGAUGAAGAGGAGACGGCAUUGGAAGAGGCCGUGGAAGAUUUGGAAGAAAAACUGGUAGAGGCAAGUGUUGAACUUGUGGAAACUAUUAAGCAAGAUGCACAAAGUUCUCUACCACCCACUGUUAAUAUAGACGAUAUUAAACAGGAAAGUAAUAUACAAAAUCCAGAAAACGCCACUGAGGCAAAUGUUCCAGCCAAAACGGAAUUAACAUCAAGUGAUGACUCAAACGAUAAUAUACCCUUGGCGGCUGUAGCCUCUUUGGAAUCGUCCAAAGAUCGUCUCAAUGAAUCAUCAAAUGAAAGUAGUUUUUUAAAAGAACAGGUGGAGUCUGCAUUUCCAAAAAACGAACCAGCCGAGCAACGCGAAGGCAUAGAAGGUGAUUCAACAAAACUGGAAAUCAAACAGGAGAUGUUGGAUGAACAUGAACAGCCUGCAAAUGAGAAUGCUGGGAAGUCAAACGACAACCCUGCUGGUGAUGAUAAAAAUGAGGAUGAUCAUACCAAUUCGGAUGGUAAUAAACAGGGAGAUGUAUUUGUAGUGCCCGCUAUGGAGGAUAGUAAUAAGGCUAGCGGCACAAUUAAAACUGAAUGUGAAGAUGAUACGCAGAGUAAUAGUGAAGGACAGGAUCACAACAAAAUGAGAAGUGAUGUUGAUGAUAUGAAUGGUGAAUCAAAUCAUCCACCAGAACAAAGUGAGGGCAGUGCAGAUACAUCUAUGAUACAACCACAAAAUGAUUUACAAAAUAUUGAAACAACUAUGGACACAUCAUCAUCAUUGUCUAUGCUACAGCCACCACCAGCAAUUUCUGUGGCUGAUACAGAUGAAAAUUCCUCAUCCACAGAUAUUAGUAUACAGACGCGAAAAGAUGAAAAAUCUUCUUCUUCUUCAUCCAAGAGGCAAUCAUCACAUUAUCAGAGAAAAAGUCCACACGACGCUAAGACUGAUGACGAAAUGCCAAAUCCUUCAACACAAAUGGCAGUACCCAAUAAUAGCGGCGGUGGUGGUGGUAGCUUAACUCCACGACCAACAGCUUUGCGUAAACUACGUGAUCGGGAUCGUUCGGAAAGUCCCAUGAUAGAUGAUGAUGCCACAACACAAAGUGACCAUUCGACUACAACAACAAACCAACGUUCGAGAAGACGUUAUUCAUCGACACCGGUGAUAGAUAGUAUACCAAACUCGCCUGCCUCCAGUGAUCGUGAUGAAUCUCGCGAUUUAAGGACCUACAAAAAAUCCUUACUUAGUAUCUAUAAUGUGCUGCAGAAUAGCAAACAUGCGGCGACCAUACAACGUAUUUUAAAUGAUGAAAAUACACCCUACAAGUUGGAAGAAAUUUGUUUGAAACCAAUGGAUUUUGCCAGUAUAAAAAAUAAUAUCGAAUCGGGUGUUAUACGUUCUGCAUACGAGCUGCAAAGAGAUGUCCUCUUAAUGUGUCAGAAUGCUUUAUUUGUGACAAAAACCAAUUCAGCUACAGCCAAAGCUGUUUUAGCCUUUCAACAAGAAUGUCAAAAUAUUCGAGAAUUUAUGCCGAACUUUUUGGAUUCACAUGGCGGAAAAUUGGAUCGCAAUGUAAGGGACACUAAAUCCAGUGGUUCAACUUCGUCCUCAACAGGAGGUGGUAGCACCUCCAAGGGGCGAAGUGGUUCAAGAAAAAGUCUACGUUUAUCUUAA